GCCCUGUUUGCACUAGGUGAAGGACGGCCAGCCAGCCACGCCACUGGCUUUAGCCUAAACCCACCCCCCCCAAGACGCCGAGAUACACUAGUGGUUGAACUGAUUUUCCAGGCAAAAUGAACAUUCAAGAGUAUUUAGCAAGAAUUUCUUACAAUGAGUCCCAUCAGGAUGCAGACUUGCAAACCUUAACAGUCAUCUUCCAGCAUCACAUCCAGGCAAUUCCUUUUGAAAACCUCAGCAUGCAUUGUGGGGAGACCAUCGAACUGGAUUUACAAUCUAUUUACAAUAAGAUUGUGAGAAAGAAACGUGGUGGAUGGUGCCUGGAAAGCAACUACCUUCUGUUUUGGGCCUUGCAAGAAUUAGGGUAUGACAUCUGUAUUCUUGGAGGAAACAGUUAUGAACCUGCCACGAAGACAUACACUUCUGAGAUAAGUCACAUCCUACUGAAGGUGGUGAUCAAGGGAAAUUCCUACAUAGUGGAUGCGGCUUUUGGCGGUGCCUACCAGGCGUGGCAGCCAUUGAUGUUGAUUUCUGGGAAGGAUCAAGCCCAGAUCCCUGGCGUCUUCCGCUUCAUGGAAGACAACGGCACCUGGUACUUUGAGAAAGUGAAAAGGAAGCAUUAUAUUCCUGAGCAGCAAAGUGUCCCUUUCACUGAUAAUCCAGAACUGGGGAAUAUCAGAAAAAUGUAUAUGUUCACUCUCAAGCCGCGACAUAUAAAUGACUUCCAGGAGCUAAACACAUACCUGCAAGUGUCUCCAGAUAACAUACUUAGGAAGAAGUCGAUCUGCAGUCUCCAAACCACUGAAGGGCUUUAUGCCUUAGUUGGAUGGACCUUCACUGAGGUGAAGUAUAACUACAUGGAGGACGUGGACCUGGUGCAGAUCACAACUCUUACAGAUGAAGAGGUUGAGAAAACACUGAAAGACAAAUUCAAUAUAGUGCUGGAGAACAAACUCGUACCAGUAAACGUUCGUGGCUUGCCACCUAAUUUAGUGGAUAAAAUCUAAUUCUAACGCUGUGCUAGAUGGUCUUUAAAUAUCCAAUAUAAAAAGUUCUAAAAUUAACAUUAAUAACAUUAAUCUGAUUCUAAAGUUGAGCUAGUCAGAUGAACUAAGCUUGGUAAAUUCAAGUACAUUGCCAAUUAACUGCACAUAUCAAUUGCAUAUUUUUUCUUGAGCUUCUCAUUCUUUAGAAACUGAGACAUCUUACUACCUCUAAUUUGCUCAUAUGGAAAUUGCUUUUUGACUCCAUAACGUUUUGUUCCACCUCUCUGGAUCUGAUUUUAUUUCAGAUAUAUUUUGUGGUGAAGGAGACCAAAAUGAUACAGAAGGAGAAGCUGUGUUACCGUUUUACACAAAAGACCUCUAACCUUUUUAGGUAUUAUUUCCAGUCUUCUCAACAGAGUUUGAAAAAUUAUUCACUUCCUUUAACAGUCUGAAAUAGAAAGUUGAGCUGAAUUUGGCUUUCAAAGACCUCAUAAAAAAAGAGAAAGGUUAAGACUUUCUCAAAACAAGCCACUGUUAGGUGGUGAUUAGCUUAUGAUGAAAUAAGUUGAAAGACUUGAGUCCUAUUUCCUUACCAGAAAUUGACUUAAAGUGAGCUAUUUAUGCAAGGGCACUUAAAAAGCCCAAAAGCUCUCUAAUUUUGAGUGUCCAAUUUUUCUGAGUCUGAUUUUUCUGUGUCUUUGAAAUCGAACAAAAUCAAUAGAAGCUGAGACAAUUCAACAGUUCUUAAAAAUCAGGCUUUUGGUAUUAAAAAAUGGAAACAAUCAAAGUUAGAUCAACCUUGGCAAACUAUAAUCUAAACUUCUGGGACCUAACCUUCCCAUGAUGUCAAGUGGAUGUGACAGUAUUAUAGACAAAACUCUUCAUAUUAAUUACAAACAGUAUUCUGCACAACAGCUACCUUAAAUAAGUAAAACUGCAGAUGUGAAAGAAAACGCUGGGAAGUUAGGACACGCCACUGGUGUGGUUUCACAUCACGUUACAUGUAACUCAACAGCCUUUUCACUUUAUGAUACCUGUGGCAGGUACUGUACAGGGUGUGUCAUGAAGGAGAG